CACUGGAGAGCAACUAAGCAAACAAACACAUCAUUGAUCAAAACAAAAAAAAGAUCAUCAAAAUUAAAAGAAACAAGCAUGGGGGAUUCCAAUGUCACCAAGAAUCACCUGUUUGCAACUUCUCCUCAACAAACUGAGGAUGAUGCUUGCCUAUCUGCAAUGCUGCUUUGCACUAAUCUAGUGUACCCUGCAGUACUGAAUGCUGCUAUUGAGUUAAACUUGUUUGAGAUCAUAGCUAAGGCAACACCAGCUGGUACUUUUAUAUCAUCCCAUGAAAUUGCUUCUAAGCUCCCAACACAACACCCUGACUUGCCUAAUAGGCUUGACCGCAUGCUGCGUUUGCUUGCUAGUUAUUCUGUUCUUACUACUUCCACUCGCACCACACAACAUGCAGCCUCUGAGACAGUUUAUGGACUCUCACAAGUUGGACAAUACUUUGUUCCAAAUGGAAGUAGUGGCUAUUUGGCUUCAUUCACAGCAUUUGUCUGUUAUCCACCACUCUUACAAGUUUGGUUGAACUUCAAGGAAGCAGUGGUUGAUGCAGACAUUGACUUGUUCAAGAAACUUCAUGGAGUAACAAAGUACCAGUACAUGGAAAAGGAUCCAAAAAUGAACCAAAUUUUUAACAAGUCAAUGGCCGACGUGUGUGCAACAGAGAUGACCAGAAUACUUGAAAUAUACACUGGGUUUGAGGGAAUAUCAACAUUGGUUGACGUAGGAGGUGGAAAUGGACAAAAUCUAAAAAUGAUAUUGUCCAAAUACCCUUUAAUUAAAGGAAUUAAUUUUGAUUUGCCCCAGGUGAUUGAAAAUGCACCACCCCUUCCAGGGAUUGAGCAUGUUGGAGGAGAUAUGUUUGUAAGAGUUCCACAGGGGGAUGCCAUAAUACUAAAGGCUGUAUGCCACAAUUGGUUAGAUGAAAAGUGCUUAGAAUUUUUAAGCAAUUGUCACAAAGCAUUGUCUCCAAAUGGGAAGGUGAUUGUGGUGGAGUUCAUAUUGCCAGAAGAACCAGAACCAACUGAAGCAUCUCGACUUGUUUCCACUCUUGACAACCUCAUGUUUAUCACUGUUGGUGGAAGGGAAAGAACUCAGAAACAAUAUGAGAAUUUGUGCAAGCUCUCUGGAUUUUCAAAAUUUCAAGUUGCUUGUCGUGCCUUCUCUAGUCUGGGAGUGAUGGAAUUUUACAAAUAGCUUAGAAUUUUAAGAUAGAAGUAUUAAGAGCAAAGUAACAAUAAAGACCUUCAUGUGAGGUCAAGUUUACCACCUUGUUGUACUUUCUACUUAGAUGUGAUGUAAACGUUCAUAUGUAAGCUAUUAUCGUGAUAACCAAAGCUUAUACCUAUCUAUUAUCUA